AUGCUGGAAGAAGCGGGAGAGGUGCUGGAGAACAUGCUGAAGGCGUCGUGCCUGCCGCUCGGCUUCAUCGUCUUCCUGCCCGCCGUGCUGCUGCUCGUGGCGCCGCCGCUGCCGGCCGCCGACGCGGCGCACGAGUUCACCGUGUACCGCAUGCAGCAGUACGACCUGCAGGGGCAGCCCUACGGUGCGUGCACCCCGGCCUCGCCGGGCUCCCCGGAGCCCGGGCACCCGCCGCGCCGGCCUGGCCAGCUGCACUGGGCCGGAGUCGCACUGCCGAGGCCCCCUUCCCGGGACACCACCCGGGUGCCCAUCCUCACUGGGCCGUGUCCCGGUGCCCAGAGCUCCCGCUUUGGGGGCGGAUUUGGAAUGCUGCUCCACACCGCCACUGCCAACGGCUUCCAGAUGGUCACCAGCGGGGUCCAGAGCAAGGCCGUGAGUGACUGGCUCAUCACCAGUGUGGAGGGGCGGCUGACCGGGCUGGGUGGAGAAGACCUUCCCACCAUCGUCAUCGUGGCCCAUUACGAUGCCUUCGGAGUGGCCCCUACAGCUCCGGGACACGAGCCCCCGGCAGGUGAGGCUGGUGGGAGCCCCCGAGUCCAGUUUCAGACGCCGCUGAGGGCCGGCCUCACCAGCAGUCCUCUGAGGAGGGAAGUGUCGGGCCUGCUGAGUUCUGCUGCCCUGCAGGCCUCCUCCACCCCCUCACCCCCUGCCGAGCUGUCUGAGCCCCCUGCACAGUACAACCUCCUGUUCUUCGCUUCUGGAGGGGGCAAGUUCAACUACCAGGGAACCAAGCGCUGGCUGGAAGAUAACCUGGACCACACGGACUCCAGCCUGCUCCAGGACAACGUGGCCUUCGUCCUGUGCCUGGACACCGUGGGCCGCGGGGACAGCCUGCACCUGCACGUGUCCAAGCCGCCCAGGGAGGGGACGCUGCAGCACGCCUUCCUGCGGGAGCUGGAGACGGUGGCCGCCCACCAGUUCCCGGAGGUGCGGUUCUCGAUGGUGCACAAGAAAAUCAACCUGGCGGAGGACAUCCUGGCCUGGGAGCACGAGCGCUUUGCCAUCCGCCGGCUGCCUGCCUUCACCCUGUCCCAUCUGGAGAGCCACCGCGACGGCCAGCGCAGCAGCAUCAUGGAUGUGAGGGACCCCGAGUUUGUCUUCUAUGACCAGCUGAAGCAGGUGAUGAAUGCCUACAGGGUCAAGCCAGCCAUCUUCGACCUGCUGUUGGCCGUCUGCAUCGGCGCCUACCUCGGGAUGGCCUACACGGCGGUCCAGCACUUCGACCUCCUGUACAGAACCGUUCAGAGACUGCUCGUGAAGGCCAAGACGCAGUGA